UUUUGUAUAAUGUUUUUAGAUUACUACUCCAUAGUACCUUGUUUUCUUCUCUCUCUAUCUCUCUCUAGCUUUUCUUUCUCUCUCCUAUUCUGCAUACCUUGUUUUGAUUCGGAUUUUCUGGUAUUAAAGUGUGUCCAACUCCUUCCUCUCUAUCUUUUUCAACAUAGCAUUAUUCGAUUUCGUGUUCCAAUCUCUCUUCUCCUCUCUCAUCUAUCUCUACCUUAGCUUCUCUCAUUCAUCUAAACCUUUUUCUUCUUCUGAGUUUCUCAAGUUUUUUCGCAUUUCUCUUCCUUUGAUCUGCAUAUACAAUAUCCCCCCUCCAAAACAUAUAAUAAAAAAUGAAGAAGUUUGUACUCAAGUUAGAUUUGCCAGAUGACAAGGCCAAGCAGAAGGCGUUGAAAACAGUCUCAACACUUUCAGGGAUUGAUGUCAUCUCAAUGGACAUGAAGGAGAAGAAAUUAACAGUGAUAGGAACUGUGGAUCCAGUUAAUGUGGUGAGCAAAUUGCGCAAGUAUUGGCAGACAGAUAUAGUCUUAGUAGGUCCAGCAAAGGAGCCUGAGAAGAAAGAGGAGCCAAAGAAAGAAGAACCAAAGAAAGAGGAAGAGAAGAAAGAUGAGGCAAAGAAGGAGGAAGGCCAAAAAGAAGAGGAGAAAAAGGAAGAGCCAAAGAAAGAAGAGGACAAGAAGGAGGAGAAGAAAGAAGAAGAGAAGAAGGAAGAGGAAAAGAAGAAAGAGCCUGCACCAGCCCCACCACCAGACCCAGUUUUAGAGUUGGUCAAGGCUUAUAGGGCUUAUAAUCCUCACAUGACCACAUACUACUAUGUUCAAAGCAUGGAAGAGAAUCCCAAUGCUUGUGUCAUUUGUUAAAUACCAAGCGUUGGAAACAUGAGGGAAUGACACAUAUAUAUAAAACUUUCUCUACUAGUAAUGGAAUCAUUUCUCUUUCAUCAAUCAUCUAUAGGAGGCCACAAUCAAGAAGAUAGAAAGUUUUUGUAAAUAUUUUGGUGAUGCCUCUUUAGCUGUUUUGAGACACUAGCAAUGUGUAGAGAGAGAAGGAAUAAAAUUUUGGGGGGAUUUAUUUUGAAAUGAAAACAAAGUGUAUUUCAUACUAUUUUUCCUCUAAAUUGCAUGCAUGUAUAAACAAAUAGAAUCAGUAAUUAGUUUGUACGUACUUUGAUGAUGUCAAGAGAAAUUAUGUGAAAAAGAUUGAAAAAAAAAAGAGAAAGAAUAAAGGGCCAAUUG